CCGAUUGCAAUCCGAAGCGGUUACUCCACCACAUAUCGCAUCUUCGGCUAACUUCGGACAGUUUCGCAGGCGCCGCGCGCGCGAAGCAUCGCUUGAAUGGAAUUUCAGUUGGAGAGUCGAACAGUUAAAUUCGAGUCGUCGGUCGUGUCGUGUGUUGCGUGCCGUUGCGUUCCGGUUGCGUCGCGCGUCGCGUUGCCGACUCCGUCUCGGCCGAUUUCGAUCUCUCACGUCUUCGCUCGCAAAGCGGUUUUCUUCACAUUGCGAGGCGCCGAGUUACAAAAUUGAUAAGCAAAAUGGGGUGCGCAAUGGGUGUAGUCAAGUAUCUGCUCUUCAUAUUUAAUUUCAUUUUUGUGUUAUGUGGUCUGGCCAUCUUGGUCAUCGGAGUUUUAAUACAAAUAGGAAACAACCAUUAUUCCAAACAUUUAGAUGAGAUUACAAAGAAUCUUAUGUUCCCAUCGAUCACAUUGAUCGUCAUUGGCUCCAUCAUCUUUAUCAUCGCCUUCCUGGGAUGCUGCGGUGCGAUUCGCGAGAGUCACUGUAUGAUGGUCACGUUUGCAUCUUUGCUCUUGACGAUCCUGAUCAUACAAAUAGCAGUCGCAAUCUACGUGUUCGUCACAUUGAAGAAUUCUGGAAAUAUCGAUUUUCGGAAUAUAUAUUCGAUUAACCUCUUCAACCACUACAAGGAUGCAAACACUGAAGCAAAAGAACUCGUAGAUGGCAUACAGGAUACAUUGGAAUGCUGCGGUGUCACUGGACCUUCCGAUUUCAAUACUAUACAUCACAUGUCUAUCCCAGGAAGUUGCUGCGGUCUUAAAGAGGAAACAUGUCCUGAGUCGGAUGCUUAUCAGCAGGGUUGUGCAGAAGCGUUGGAAGAUUUCUUCAAGAGCGCUUGUAAGAUAUUAGGUGGCAUCGCUCUGGGUAUCGCCGCUGCGGAGUUAAUUGGCAUUAUCUUCGCACUAUGCCUAGCUAAUUCCAUAAAGAACGCUGAACGCAGAGGCUAUAGUGUGUAAAAGUGGAACAUCGAAGGAUGGCGUAUCGUUCGAAAGGCUCUUUCAACAUGCAACAACAAUCUUACCUUCAUCUUAUUAUCAUCAGUGUAUUUACCUAAGAUGUGAUAGAACAUUUGCGCUUUACCAAUGGGAUAAAUUAAAUUUCUUUUUUCUUUUUGUAAGCGGAAUGGAACAGAGUAUUUCUUUAUGUUUUCAUUUUUAGCGUCGCUAAGUCGUAAUUAAAGUAAAACAUUAACUUAAACAUUUAGUUCGAUAAAAUAAUGUACUUUUGUUUUCUGUCUAUAAAAAUUUCAUAAAAAGUUCGGUGCACGACCUGACAAUGAAUAUUACUAUAACUUACGGUCUCUGACGUUUUCUUUUAUCUUUGUGAAAACUCCUUUUUUUAUACGGUUAUACAUAUAUAUAUAUUUUUUGAUACGGUAUCGCUUUGACUCAUGUUUAUACUGUUCUAGAUAAAAAUUUAAAAAGUAUUAAAAAAAAAGUUUUUGACAUAAUUGUUUGAUGUAUAUGUAGGAUCGUUAGUUUUUAAUACGGUCGUUAGUUCGUGAACAAAGAUAAUUAAAAUACCUUCGCGGGAAUGAAAAACAAAUGAAUGAGAAGAUUUUACAAAGUUAAUAUUGAUAUUUAGAUAAUAUUUUUUCAUACGAUGAGCUACACAAUCGUACCUGCGAAGACAUCACAUCGCUGUUAAAAACACAAAUGUAUCUUUAUAUGAAAUUCACUUUGUUUGUACAGCACAUAAUAACGGAUAUUGUCUACGGAUAUAUAUUAUACAUAUAUAUUGUUUUUUCAUAUAAUAUAAAAACUAUUAUAUUGAAAAUAUUGAAAAAAAUCCCAUUUCCGUGUCUGCGCAACAAAUAAAGUAUUGCAUAUGUAAUAUUUCUGCUUAGAUGCGACAACGAUAAAAUGUACAAAAAGCUGGGCAUAACCGAGAGAAUACGUAAGCGAUUAAUAAUUCAAAAUAAUCCAAAGUUGUGAUUUUAUUCGUUUAAUGUGCGAAAUUACUAUUGCUGCUGUUACUACUGUUGUUGUUGCCAGAAGGCGAAAUUGUAUGUCCAAUAUUUUGUAUUUAUGAAAUAAACGUAGACAAACGAAAACCUAAA